GGCUGGAGCAUGAACUGUGGUCGAGACAGACAGAGACAGAGGGCUGACUGAGUGGCAGGAUGGGAGAGAUGGGUAAGAGGAGGAAAGGGGGGAGUGCUAGCCCUCCAGCUAUCAGUACCAGUAGGAGGAGAGAGUUUAAAGGGGAGGGGGGAGGAAAAACAUGAGAGUGAAGGAGGUAGAGCAGAGACAGCCUGCCUGCUUGGAUUUGAAGGGGAAGGAAGGAAGGAAGAGAGGAGAUCCUGGCAGCUCGCUUAGAAAGGACGGUGGAUGUUUGCAGUCUGAGAAGGCCGCAGCAACACUGUGACUAUAGUGUCACUGUAAGGACACUGGUAAGAUGUCAUGGCGUCCGACCUACCGAAGCUCCAAGUUUCGAAAUGUCUACGGAAAAGUGGGCAACCGGGAACACUGCUUCGACGGUGUCCCCAUUACCAAGAACGUCCAUGACAACCACUUCUGUGCUGUCAACUCCACAUUCCUGGCAGUUGUCACCGAGAGUGCCGGCGGAGGCUCUUUCAUUGUUAUACCUGUUUCCCAGUGUGGCCGCCUGGACUCUCAUUACCCAAAAGUGUGUGGACACCAAGGCAAUGUACUGGAUAUCAAGUGGAAUCCCUUCUUUGAAAACAUCAUAGCAUCCUGCUCUGAAGACACCUCGGUGCGAGUAUGGGAGAUCCCAGAGGGCGGUUUGAGGCGCAACAUGACGGAGGCGGUGCUGGAGCUGUACGGCCACAGCAGACGGGUGGGUGUGAUCGAGUGGCACCCCACCAGCAGCGCCAUCCUCUUCAGCGCUGGCUACGACUACAAGGUCUUGAUCUGGAACCUGGAGAUUGGAGAGCCGGUGAAAAUGAUCGACUGCCACACUGACGUCAUUCUCAGCAUGUCCUUCAACACAGACGGCAGCCUGCUGGCCACCAGCUGCAAAGACAAGAAGCUGCGUGUCAUUGAGCCGCGCUCUGGGGCAGUCCUUCAGCAAGCCAGCUGUAAGAACCACCGUGUAAACCGAGUGGUGUUCCUGGGCAACAUGAAGCGGCUGCUCACCACGGGGUUUUCACGCUGGAACACCCGGCAGAUCGCUCUCUGGGAUCAGGAGGAUUUGUCCAUGCCAAUUAUGGAGGAGGACAUAGACGGCCUCUCAGGACUGUUGUUUCCCUUCUAUGAUGCUGACACACACAUGUUGUACCUGGCAGGCAAGGGGGACGGCAACAUCCGUUACUUUGAGAUUACCACUGAGAAACCGUUCUUACAAUACCUAAUGGAGUUCAGGUCCCCGGCCCCACAGAAAGGACUCGGUGUGAUGCCAAAACACGGGCUGGAUGUGGGAGCUUGCGAGGUGUACCGCUUCUACAAGCUCGUCACCCUGAAGGGUUUGAUCGAGCCCAUUUCGAUGAUUGUGCCAAGAAGGUCAGACACAUACCAGGAGGACCUCUACCCCAUGACAGCAGGAACUGAACCUGCGCUGUCUGCCAGUGAAUGGCUGAGUGGCAUUAAUAGAGACCCAGUCUUGAUGUCCCUGAAGGAGGGUUACCAACGGCCAAACCAGUUAGUGUUCAAAGCCCCAGUGAAGGAAAAGAAGAGUGUAGUAGUGAAUGGGAUCGAUCUGCUGGAGAACGUACCACCCAGGACAGAGAACGAGCUCCUGCGGAUGUUCUUCCGGCAGCAGGAUGAAUUGCGGCGGCUGAAGGAGGAGCUGACCAUCAAGGACGUGCGAAUACGCCAGCUGGAGCUGGAGCUCAACAACCUGAAGAAUGUUAGCCCCAACAACGUCUGACCUCUCAGCCUCCUGGACUGGCAAAGCUGCUUCCUUUGCCCCCAAUUCUGACCUCCAACAAGCUUCUGAGCCCUCCUACGCCUCUUUUUUGAUAUAUCAUAACUUCACCCCUGCUGCCCUGCAUAGUGCACACAAUAAUAUGAUAGGUGUUGGAUAAUCUCUUUACUGGCGCAAUUACAGGAAUAUUGUAAUAAUUACAAAUAUCAUAAGUAAUGGUGACAAGGCAGUGUUCAUGGAUUUCCACCUUAACAUGAAAUCAAUCAUAGGGAAGGUUUGAGAUCCAAUCCAUUUAGGUAUUAUCUGUUUUUACAACGUAUAUCUAGCACACAUUAAGUGUUACGAUGAGUUAUUGCAUAUUUCCUGCCAGACCUCCUGAGUGUUUGUCUCACUGUGCCUACCCUAUCAUUCACCUUGCAAUACCUUGAUCACCACGCAAAACAAAAGCCCCUACACUCAUCCCCCUAUAAUGACCAAACCAUCUAAUUGUCGUGUUCUGCUAAGGCAAAACUGGAGGAUAAAAAGACUGUCACUGGCUCCUAUGUUCCUUCCCCAAGGCCUUACACCCUGCUGCAGACACAGUUUGCAGUGAGCUGCAACAUCAUCUCAAAAUGGCUGACAUGUGAAGUACUUCUGCACUCAACAGAUGAGACAAGCAGACAGGGAUCAUGUUUUUCACACAGCUGCUAAUCCUGUAGCUUCUUUACUCACCUUCAGAUGUUGCUGGCUGUAGAUUGACUUCACAAUACUGACAUAUACAGUAGCUACCCAAAAUGCAGUCUUUCUUCCCAAGGAUAGUGGGUAGUCCACUCACUUUAAGUGUUUUAUUCUUUAUUUAAAUAGUUGGAAAGCAGCAGGGGAGACAUGGAUCCAGAGGUGGUGGACUUGCGUUACUCGAAUAUGGUCUCAAGGGAAGCUUUGCUGGCUGUUAUUGUUUGUUAGGGCUAAUUUUGAGGAUGUGGGGUGAGGGGUGUGUGUAACGUAUAUUUGCUUCUAUUUAUUUGUCACUACCUUUUUAGCUAAUGACAUGUAUAUGUGUUAAUCCCAUUGUUUUUGUAUGAUGUGGCUGCGCAAUUAAUGAUUGUGAUGCGUGAUAGAUUAUGCUGAAUGUUUCCGGUUGAAAAGGCGCAAGAUUUGUGUGAAACUGUACCUUAUAUGGUAUGAAGUUGACUUUGACUCCCUCAACAUAACUUCAGAUAAGGUAUAACAAUAUAAUCUUGCCUUUUCAUAACAGUACAGAAAACUGGAAUAAUAACCAUCCUUUUACAUUUAAACUAAGUAUAUCAACAUUAGUGAGAUGUGUUUACUUGUAGAUGUGUAAUUUUGCUCUGGAGACUCCAGGUUUUUUCUUUCAGUCUGAAAUUUAAAAGAAAUGGGCAGUGGAUUAACACUUGAUUGGCUCUAUUAUACCAGGAAGGUUCAAGCGGUUACAAAAAAAGAUUAUGCUAAACUGUCCAUCCAGGACCAAUCACAUUCAGCCUUGUUUGAAUACUGAUUCUGCUCUUGAUGAGAAAGGAAAAAGAUGAAUCGGCCGUAUGCAUAGCAAGAAUGGAAUUUGUACCCAGAGUAAGUAAAAACUAAGUGAAGGUCACAAGUCUUCCCUGAUCCCAUCAUAGUGGAGACAUAAGGGUCCAAAACUUUACAGCUUAUGUUAAAACAAUCAGAAAAAAAACAUAUAAACCCUUUAAAUGUAGACUUGUACCACUGACACAUUAAUGGUAAAUGCGUACGUUUCUUGCAGGAAAAAUAAAAGGCUACAGUGAAAGUAGACAGUGGGAAAAGGAUCUACCAGAGAGGGCUCAGCUACAGUGGAGAGACAGGUGAAGUUGGGCUGGAGUUGUGUUAUGUCAGGCCUUCUAGUGAAGGUGUACUGAGGACUAAAACCAACCGCUUAACUGGUUAAUUGUAAAGGUAGGAUAACAGUACAGAAAGGUUUUUAUGCUCAAUAUGACAAACUCUCUUUAUACAGUUGUUGAAUGGCAUAUUGGCUUAGAGAAGUGUUACCAUGGCAGUUCCUCCAUAUUUGUUUGGUCUGCUGAAAAAUGCAUCGUAGAUCAGUUUUCCAUCAUCCUCGAUACCCUGAUGACCUAAAACUUGAAUCCUGUAUACACUUUACCAUUUGACUUGACUGUGAUGAACAAGGACCACAAACUUCAAAACGUAUAUAAAAAAGGGAUUUAUUGAAGUGAAUGGGAGGGAAAAAACAAUUUGGCUGAUGACAGUGGAUUUAACAUAUGGUGAAAAAUCACUGAGGUAGGCCAAUUUGACCAGUACGUAUAAUAGUGAAAACAAAGUCCUGUUUUCCAGAGUUUACACUUUGAAACAAUAAAUUUUCAAUGCACAUAAGUUUUAACCUCCAUUUCUAUCAAGUAUUUCUCUACACUACCACCACAAAUUCAAACAUUGCCACCUGUGUGUCAGAAAAGAAAAUGGAAAAAGCGAUAAUGGAUUCUGAUGUUGAACAUUUCUCUUUAUGGAAAGAUUAUGCAUACAAAGUUAUGUUCAAAUUCAAGAAAUGUCACACUGCGUAUUUUAGAUAAAGCAGCAUACAUAUUUAAUAUCUUAUUACAAUUCAUAGUUUCACCUCAGUUGUCUGUUCAAUGUCUGCCGUCAUCAAAGAGAAUACAAAAAAAUAGAUUUGGUCAUUAUUUACAAGAACACGUAAUUUCCGAACUAUCAAAGCUGAGGGUUUAAGGAGGAGGAGCAGCUUUGACGAGGGCAGACAUUUUCUUCUAGGAUUUAAAAAUAUGCCCUGUGAGUGUCACACUGUGCAUGUUCAGACACAAGUUUCACACCAGGACAGCAGAGAGUAUUGGCAUACUGGUGACACUACAAAUACAUAA